GGCCGCCGGCGGAGGGCGGAGCUAAAGCGCAGACUCUGCUAGCUGGUAGCAGCGUUCGCUCGUCCUCCCGUCUCCUUUUCUCGAGAGCCCCUUUCUCCGGUCGAACAUGGGGGAGGCCGACGUGACGCUGAACCAGCCCGACGAGAAGCCCCCGGACUCCGGGUUGGUUCCCGGGGAGGACUCGGUGGUCUGGAGCCACGAGGUGGAGGUCUGUCUGUUCCACGCGAUGAUCGGACACAAGCCCGUCGGAGUGAACCGUCACUUCCACAUGAUCUGCAUCAGAGACAAGUUCAGUCAGAACAUCGGACGGCAGGUUUCCUCGUCCGUCAUCUGGGACCAUCUGGGUACCAUGUACGACAUGCAGGCCCUGCACGAGUCUGAGAUCCUGCCGUUUCCAAACACCGAGAAGAGCUUCUCUCUGCCUGAUGACAUCAUCCAGGAAGUUAAAGAAGGGAAGCUGUGCUUGGAGGAGGAGACCAAGGAGGAGUUCAGGAUGGAGAGAGAACCUCCAGCUACACACGAAGAAGGCAGCAACUGUAAGAGGAGUCGAGCGGCCGAGAAGCUGCUGUCGUCCUCCAACCCGGCGAGCCCGGGGGGGGCCAAGAGGAGACGCACCUGAGAGGUGGACAGAGAGAGAGACAGUUUCAGAGGAGAGACGGACAGCCGCCGCCAGAGCGACAGGAGAAGAAGAAUCUGCCGUCACAGGAGUCAAACCUUCAUGCUGAGCGUCACGAGACCGCCUCAUCGCGUGCUGCCCACCGGCCGGAUGAUGAUGAUGAUGAUGAUGAAGAAGAGGAAGAGGAGGAGCUUGGUGUCUCCUCGUUCUUUUCAUUGUUGUUCACUCGUAGUUUUCCAGCUGUGAGGAUCAAACCGAUGUAACCCAACAACAGAGGUCGUCUCCUUCGAAGCAGGCGCCUACAUCACCCACAAUGCAACACGGCCGCUAGACAAUCUGCCCACUGCAGAGGUUAGUUACGUUUUCCUGGUUAGUUGAGAGGCAGAAAAUGUUAUUUUUUGGUAAACCCUUAAAUGUUCUACUUUCUUUCUUUGUUUCAGUACAUUUUUUUUACUUCAUAAAAAUAAUAAACAUAAAUCAAAUAUUUAGGAAAUCAAAUAUUGUAUUCUUACUAAUUGAAACGUUCUAAUUUACUCCCACAUCAUCGUGUGACUGAACUUUCAUUAGCGCUGAUGCUAACGUUGCUAGUGCUGAUGCUAACAUUGCUAGUGCUGGCGAGCUGCUCUACAUCCUGGUACUUUGCCGCUGUGGCUUCGUGCCGACGACUUGACUCCUCCCCCUGAGCGUGAAACGGGCACGAAAGUUGUGUUUUUAUUAGCGGCCGACGCGGUUGUGUUGAAGUCAUUCAGAUUUUCUAGUUUUAAAGAGGUUUUAUUUCAUUUUUUUCUUUGACUGUUGAACUUAAUGCAAUAAAAUCUCCACCGUCGUGUUUGAUUAUUUCUCCUCAAUGGAUUUGGUAAGUUUAUGCUGUGCGUUUCUUUACGUCUCAUUGCGUGCAGUUUGAGGUCAUCAGUCACCUGACUGCAGAGCGGUAUCAUCUUCAACCCGCCAAAAUAAAGUGUUCCUUUUUAAUUUUUCUGUGUUAAUUUAUUGAUGUUUGAGGCUGUUUGUGUCAUUAAAGAUGAAUUCAGAUCGGA